AUGGGAAGAGAAAUCGAAUUCGGAGGUAUCCGAGUACAGAUUGCCCCAGUCGAGGACAGUUCCCGGGGUUUUCAGGCCCUAGAUGUCAGACUGCACCACUCCCAGACCCUCGGAGACAUCCCACGGGGAGUACCGGACGUUCCGCGGCGUGUCAAAGUGCUCGUAUCUGUCGAUUUCGACGCUGUAUCAAGCUGGAUGGGCACCGGACAACACUCUCGAAACUGCCUGUCCGACUACUCGGCAGGCAUCUUUGCAGGACGGGUUGGAGUCGGCCGCCUUCUCAGGGUUCUCGACCGCGUUGGAAUAUCUGACAGGGUGACGUGGUUCAUCCCCGGACACUCCAUGGAGACUUUUCCCACUGAAACAAAGGCUAUCGUCGACUCUGGCGCCGAAAUUGCUCUUCAUGGAUAUUGUCAUGAAGACUGUACACAACUAAACUCGCAACAGGAGGAAGACAUCCUGGAUAAGUGUAUUUCUCUUGCCGAGUCCCUGACAGGCAAGCGGCCUGUUGGGUUUCGAGCUCCGCUUUACCGGAUCGGCCAUGAAACCAUCAAUCUCCUGGAGCGCAAGGGGUUUCUAUAUGACACCUCCUUAAGCGGACAUGAUGCCCAACUCUACCACCUCGACACUGGCUUUCCCCUGGACGUGGUAGACUACUCCAAGCCAGCCUCCACGUGGAUGAAACCUUCACCCCAACCACGGCAGAUCCCUGUAGUUGAGAUACCAGCUAACUGGUACAUGGAAGACAUGACACCCAUGCAGUUUCUCCCCAACGUGACAAACUCUCAUGGAUUCGUCACCGCUGAAGCUAUCGAGAAGAUGUGGAAAGACCGCUUUAAUUGGCUCUGGAGUUGGGGGCCCGAUGGCAGUGGACCUGGCGACUUUGUCUUUCCCCUUGUUUUGCACCCUGAUACCUCAGGAAUGGCCCAUGUUGCUGGAACCAUUGAGGGAAUGCUUCAGUGGUUGAAGGCAUGGGGACCGCAGGUAGAGUUUGUAACGUACGAGAAUGCCGCGCGGGAGUUUCUACUGGAGGAAAAUGUCGUUGCAGCCUAG